GUGUCCGUCCAAGUCGGUGCGCGCGCGCCUGUUUCGGGACAGACAGUCGCGCGCUGGUUUGUGAGGAGAGAGAGAGAGGACAGAGACAAAGAGAGAGAGAGGACAGAGACAGAGAGGAGAUCCAGCUGUGAGGAGACAGGUAACCCGUUCCCUGCGCUUCACUCUCCUCUGCCUGGAGCUCGAACCCGAACAGCACGGAGCAGCGCGCGCGGCGACCGAGCGCGCGCGUGAAACGCAGCCGCGGCGCGUGCCACUUCAGUGCAAUGUGAUGAGUCGUGACUUCCCACUGAUGAGGACACACUGACACAGAGGGAGAGAUGCUGAACUUAGAGGAAGAGCCCAUCAAAUACGGCGAGCUCAUCGUCCUCGGGUGCAAUGGCUCAUUCCCAGGAGGAAACCGAGGCAGGAGGAAGAGUUGCUUCAGUCUCUACAGGCGAGUCACAGCUAAUGGAGUCAAACCUGGAACUGUACACAUCGCAUGCAGCCCAGAGGCAGCCAAGAUGAUCAGUAAGAACAGUCAGCACAGUGUGUCGUACACGCUUUCAGACGCAGAGACGGUGGUGGUGGAGUACACAGACGACAAUGAGACAGAUAUGUUUCAGAUCGGUAGAUGCACCGAGAGCCCUAUCGACAUUGUGGUGGCGAACCCAGCCGGCUGUAGUCAUGGUAACGGACUCUCAGGCUCCUACCAGAGCACCAUCUCCCGCUUCGCCUGUCGGAUUGUGUGUGAGCGGUCUCCGCCCUACACCGCCCGAGUGUAUGCUGCCGGCUUCGACUGCUCCAGGAACAUCUUUCUCGGGGAGAAGGCGUCUAAGUGGCCUUCCUUCGGUGGCCAGAUGGACGGUUUGACGACUAACGGCGUUCUGGUGAUGCGGCCGAAGGGUGAAUUUAGCGGCUCUCCUGAGCCUGGUGUGUGGAGGGAGGUCUCCGUCUGUGGCAAUGUUUACACACUCCGAGUGACCAGAGCUGCUCAGAGCAAGGGCCAGCAGGUGAGCGAUGAGUCUCAGGUGCUGGUGGACGGCUCUCUGAUCGACCUGUGUGGCGUGACCCUGCUUUGGCGUUCGGGCGCCGCGCUCUCGUGCUCUCCCGGACCGGAGCACAUGGAGGCGCUGAGGGUGAAGCUGAACGCCGCGCGUCCACACUGUCCUGUCCUGCUGCACACUCUGGCCUUCCCCAGCCUGGAUGACGCCGAAUCCCAUCAGCCGCGGCAACCCUGGGCUUACCUUUGCUGCGGCCACGUGCACGGCUUCCACCCGUGGCGGGGCAGGGGGACCGCCAUCAAACAUGUGGAAGAGAAGGAGGAGAACGACGAGAACGUGAUGAAGGUCGGAAGGGAAGGAGACAAGGAGAGGGAGUGCCCUCUGUGUCGCGCACGAGGGCUGUACGUGCCGCUGACGCUGGGUCGCGAGUCGCGGCUGUGUGUGGACGCAGGGCCACCAUCCCAUGCAUUCGUGCCAUGCGGCCAUGUUUGCUCAGAGGCCACAGCAGCAUACUGGAGUAAAACGCCACUGCCGUGUGGUGCUAGUUCUUUUUACCCAGCUUGCCCCUUCUGCAUGAAGCAGCUAGCAUGUGACAAACACUACGUCAGGCUCAUCUUUCAGGGAGCGCCAGAUUGAGCAUCCAUGUACGCGUGUGUGUGUGUGUGUGUGUGUGUGAGUUUGGACAGCUUUCUUCACUGCCAGACUGACUGCUGCUCAAAUCUUAAUGGUAUUUCUGUCACUAGUCCUUUGGCGUUGUCUCAUUGGCCUUCCCAUGUUCCCUCACCCUCCUCACCAUGCGUCACCACACCUGAGUGUCUUGAAAGACGCUUGUGGGAACCCUGCCUCCACUUGUGUACUUAAACGCCUUUAGGACGUGAGAACUCUAUGACACGAAACAGCACUUUGCAUUCUAACAGUGCCUCGGCUGAACCUGGGAGUCUGUAUUGUUGGCACAAAUGAAUUGAAAUCAUUAUUUAUGUAUAAAUAUGAAUAAAAUCAGAGAACCGAGUGUUUAAUUGGGAGAGUCAAAAAAAAUAAAAAAUACAACUGACCAAUCCUAAGCCCCAGCCGGUGAAUCUUCUCAACAACCAGAGGCUAAUGUCGUCCAUACAAAAAGGUCCUGGAGGUUAGAAAAGGUUUAGUUUUGCUGUGAAAGAGUCCGCUAACCCCCAGUCUGGCUAGCUUAUUUAUUUAUGACAGCUUUUCGGUGUGACACUAGCCUUCGGUUUAUAAUACCUAGCUUUACAGUAUGAUUAGUGAGCUGGCUAACUGUUUACGUUGGCUAGCUUACUCCACAGAUUGCAAUGCUAGCUGGCUAAUCUUUCAGUCAGACUGUUGCUGCUUUCUCGCUAACGUUAAUUUCUUUUUUUUUAAUUACAAUUUAAUGCACAGCUAACAUUUUAAUCUCACAGCAAUUGUUCACUCAUACAGGACCCUUCUGUGAAUAACCUGUUUGUAUAUUGGGCAUGAAAAUUGUGUCCUGCUGGUAAAAUCCUUAAAGCUUUCCCGAGGCAAUUGUGGGUAGCAGCUUAGCUGUAGCUUAGCACUUAUUUCAAGUACAGCGGUACCUUGGCAUACAAACGCCCCGCCGUAAGAAUCUUUGGCUUCAGAAAUAAAAUUUAGCAAGAAAUUGUCGGCAUACGAGUGACCGAACCGAGCCAAGCCGCCUGCCAAGUUGCCAUACGUCCGAGAGCCUUGUGAUAGUGGAAAGCCAAGUGAAGCGAGUUUACAUAUUGUUUGUGGUAAAUAGCGCCAUGGGUGCCAAGAAUGUUAGCAGGGACGGUAGAAAAGGUAGCCGCUUUCAGUUUGGUUUUUUAAGCUGUUUAAGGUUACGUGAGGUUUAAUGUCUAUUUAUUCAUAUUUUACUUCAUUUACAUGUCUUUUCUAAAUGUUUUGAAUGUUUUUUUAGAUGGAAAAAUAUGAUUUUAGAGUUGGAAAUUGGUAAUAUUGGUAACAUUUUUGGCUGGCUGGAACGGAUAAUCUGCAUUUACAUUAUUUCCUAUCUGAAAAUGCGUUUCGCAAUACGAAAUAUAGCCUUAAGAACUCGCCUCCGGAACGUAUUAAAUUCAUAUGCCGAGGUACCACUGCAUAUGUACUGCAUAUGUACUUCACUUGAGUAUUAGUUUUAGUAGAGGGUCCUUUUAACUUUUACUCCACUCAAAAGUAGAGCUAAUAUCUGUACUUUUACUUAAUGCCAUAGCGAUACCCAUCCAUAUCAGUGUGUAGUAUUUAAAGUGGGAACUUCGCCACCUGCUGAAAGAUUAUAUUUACCUGCGUGACUUGCUUUUCCUUCCAGACACAUAUAAUAACAUAAAAGGUGUUUGAAAUCAGAAGCUGUUCGCAGGCAGUGAAGAAAACAGUAUGUUCACAAUCGGGGAAAGGAGAGAGAGAGAUUAUUUCACUAUGAAAAGGCUACUGUGAGCUAAAACAAACUCAAUACUUUUUUAUGUUUAAGUACAUUUGAAGGUGAGUACUUAUACUCAGGAACACAAGUAAAUAGAAGACGUCUACUUUUACUUGAGUAAUACUUGCCAUUGGGAAUCUCUACUUAUACUUGAGUACAGGAUUUGCUGCUGAGCCGCAAGUGGGGAGUUAAAGAAACAGACCGGGGCUUGUGAUUGGUCAAAUGUAAAAGUAAAAAAAGACAUUUCUCUCAGUUUGUCAGAAAUAUUAUUCAGCUUGAACCCAGUAAACACCUCGGUAUGCUUUCAGCACUACCUGAUCUAUUCAGGUAAAUACAAAAGCCCUAUGCAAAGAUUUGGACUGUUACCCUGAAACAUGGCCAACGAAGGACGUGUCUCAAAUGAACACUUUUUCAGAUCUUUAGUGGCACGUAUCUAAACCAUGCAAAAAUGUCAAGAGAACUGGUCAUUACACAUGUUAUUACUUCAUUACACUAUGUAGAAGGCUGUCUUGUCUCCUUCCUGCUUUAACAUUCUAUAAGUCUUUGGGGCCUGGGCCUCCAUUAUCCUCAUGGCUUGCAGUUAAAUUCUUCUCAUUGCAGUUUAACAUUGUUCAUUCCAGUGUACGGCAUGACUUUUGAUUUUUUUUGUGUUUUUUUUUAACGUUAUUAACCA